AUGUCCCAGACUGCACCUCCGACUGAGACCCACAAGCCAGGCGAAGAGCGUCCCGCUGGCAUGAAAGACAACGCGUUCGUGGCGUUUUACAACGAUUACGAUCUCAGCGAGUUGCUAUACAGGAACCCCGUGUUCGAGUCGGGCUUUUUGCCCCUCGAUCCCGAGGACGAGCAACAGGCUCAUUCACACGCCAAAGUUCGGCCUGCAGAGACAUCCAACACUGGCACGACGCCGCCUCCUGCGGCAGCCGGAAAACAGGCCGCUCAGCCAAAAUCGGCCAUGAAGACCGCCCCGCAAAGCUCCAACAAAACCCGAGGCGUCGAGCGAAGACCCAGUUUCAUCGAGGUCUCGAUGCCUAAGAUGCACGAGCAUGAACUCGCACAUCACGGCCCACACGCCCGCAGACGGCACUCCUCCGAGUCACAUGUGCCCAUGAGCUGGUGGCCCGAGGACGAAAUGUUGGCCCAGAUCAAGUGGGUGGAGCGAGAUUGCGGCUCUGCCGACGAGGAGGAAGAUCUCGUGGAAGAGGAAAUGUGGGUUGACACAUUCUACGAAUGA